UUGGCCUUUGAUGUGGAGCUCAAUCCAAAGGUCGGAACAUGCAAGCAAGUGGUUUGGCCCUGCCAAAGUUUGAGUCCCUUUCUCUCAGCGAGAAUCCUACAGGAUGGGGCCCAACGGACAUACCAGAAGAGUUCAGAAACAUGCCUUUCCAACCAUUUUCAAAGGAUACCCGCCUUGGAAGGGUUGCAGAUUGGUCCGGAAAUAUUUUUCAGGACAUGAAAAACAAAGGUCGCUAUGGCACCCAGCCUAUCGGUUCACAGUACGCCUACUACCAUGAUGAGGAUGAUAGCAAUUUCCAAUUGGUUUCUUCCGUUCGUGAGACGAAGACCCCAGCCGUUCGUCAGAGAUACAGAUUCCCUAUGCGUGGUCGUCGUGGUUUAGGUGGUCCAGGUACAGGAUACGCGUGGACAGGAGGCCGAUCAAGCUAUCAAAUGAUGGGAAAUCAAGGUGGCACAGUAAGCCGUAAGCUACGCAAUGCGUCAGACAGGGAACGAAUGAUGUUACAACAAAAUAGACGGUGGCAGAGCUGGGGACCUCAAGGUAUGGGUCAGCGACGUGGGGGAACUCAAGGUUGGCGGUCCAAUACAGGCGCUUGGGGUUCUAAUAACGACCGCAGACAAGCCCAUAAGGCAGUGCGUGAUGCGUCUAUUCAGAUUAAGGAUAAUUGGACAAUGUUAGAAGAGCUAGAUUUUGCCAGACUUGCAAAGUUGGCUCUACCUAACGUAAAGGAACCUAUUGACAAGGUUGAUUGUGGAGAAAUGGAAUAUUAUGACAAAUCAUAUGAUCGUAUUAGCACACGAAACGAACGUCCUCUCGUAAAAGUAGACCGGGUUCUCCAUACAGUUACAACUUCCAGAGAUCCAGUAAUUCACCGAUUGGCUAGUGACUUAGUUGGUAAAGUAUAUUGCACAGAUAAAAUUGCUGCUAUGAUUAUGUGUUGCACUCGUUCGGUAUAUCCCUGGGACCUUGUUAUACGACGUAUACAAGACCGGUUGUUCUUUGAUAAGCGUGAAGAUGCAGAAUCUGAUUUCGUUAGUGUAUGUGAAACUGCAGCAGAACCGCCUAAUGAAGAACCUGGUCACAUUAAUUCACCUCAACUUUUGGCAUUAGAAGCUACUUAUAUAAAUACUAAUUUAUCUCAACAAAUGUUACUCAUGGGUGGUAAAACAUAUGCAUUCCCUGAAGGAAAUCCUUUCAAAGAUGAUGAUGACGAAGAGGAUGAUGAUGAAGAAGAAGAACAACAUUCAACACAAAAGAAAAAUCAUGAUAGUAAAGAAGAAUUAGGCUCGGUUGGUUAUCGUUAUCGUGUAUUUGAUUUGGGCAAUGAUAUUCGUAUGGUUGUACGUUGUGAAGUGAAUGGUGUACUACAACCAACUGGAGAUGAUCAAUCAGCUAAUCCACAAUUUAUAUGUAUACAUGCAUUGAAUGAAUUUGAUUCACGUUAUUGUGGUGGUGUUGACUGGCGUACUAAACUGGACACACAACGAGGUGCUGUUUUAGCCGCUGAAAUAAAGAAUAAUGCGUUUAAAUUAGCUGGAUGGACUGUGUGUAGUAUAUUGGCAGGUGCGGAUCAAUUGAAAUUAGGUUUUGUUUCUCGUGUUAAUCCGUGUGAUUCAUCUCGUCAUGUUAUUUUGGGUACACAACAAUUUAAACCUGCAGAAUUUGCUAAUCAAUUAAAUUUGAAUAUGGAUAAUGCUUGGGGUAUUCUACGAUGUAUUAUUGAUUUCUUUAUGAAAAUGCCUGAAGGAAAAUAUUUAUUGUUGAAAGAUCCUAAUAAGCCUGUACUCCGAAUAUACUCUGUACCACAAGACGCCCACGAUUCAGAUGAAUGCGAAGAAGGUAUAAGUGAAGAGGAGGGAGUUAUUGUUGAACAACCAAACUCUGAACCAAAUAAGACGGAAGGACUCAGUCAAGACAGUUCAGAUCAGUCCAGACAAACUGAAGUUGGUUCUCAAUUGAAGACAGUUGAAAAUGCUGAACUGUAACUUUCAUAAUAUCCUUAACAAGUACAUUGAUCAGUCAGUACCUUUGGAAUUAAUACUUUUUCAUAAAAGAACACCUAAACCUUGAUUCUGUCACUGAGCAUGGUAUUUUGUAUUCUGUAUUCGGUAUUGUAUACAUAUAUAUUCUGCCAAUGGACUAUUUUUUUUAUUACAACAUUUUCAAUCGCGAAUAUAUUUACUGCACCACUUGAGCAACAUCGGAAUUGUUGAGUAUUUUUACAUUUGGUUGAAAACCCGUAGAUGACUGGUCACCAAACCUUAUUGUAUGAAGAUAUGCACAGUCAGUCAGUCUGUCAGUCAGUUACAACGUAGAACUUCGUUCGUAAGUACAUCAGUUCAGGUUGCCAC